AUGAUUACAUUUGCAUAAUAAAAGAGUCGAUUCUCUCUUUAUUAUUUAGAAGAAAGUGAGAAGUAUCUAUAAGAUUUUUCAGCAAAGGUGCGCUAAAUAAAUAUGAUGAAAGGAGAAGAGCGGUAAAUGAAUACAUAAAUAAGAUUAUAGAUUAGAGAGAGGAAAAGUACAUAUUUGUUCAAGAACAUUAAUAUUCGAACCAGAGAAGUAGGAAUUACCUAUUUAGAAAUUGUUUUAUAAAAUGAUUACAACUCCUUUAAAGCAAUCAAAUUGCAUAAGCUUUAGAAUAAAACGCAUUGUAGAAAUUCAUACAUAAGGCCCACCAUCUCCAUAUGUUUACUUAGAUGAUAUUGAUAUGGAGAUAUAAAUUGAACCAUUGUUUGAUAAUAUAAAGAUAGUGUUUGAAUUAAUAGAGAGGAUUUUAUAAAUAAAUUAGCAGAAACAUGAUGUUGAAGGAGAAGUAGAAAAAUUGGAUUCAGAGAAAUUACAAAAAAUAAGAUUUAAUAUGAGUUUUGUAGAAUCGGUGAGUGAGAAACCAUUGAUUUAAAAAGAGAUGUUAGUUCGUAAAAUAAUGCCAUUGAUUUAGACUAAAGGUAUUUGUUAUAAUGUAAUAAAAAACAGGCAUUUUGUACAUAACAAAUAAAAUAAUAUAUUUCUAGCCAUUCUUUAAAGUUACAUUAAAACCAUGUAAAAAGAUUCCAAUUGAUUAAAUAAAGAUAUUAUAUAAGAGAAGGUUUGAAUUAAUGGAUAUUGGUUUAGAAAUCAUUUUAAAUAAUGGUAAAACUAAUUAUUUUGCAUUUGAAAAUUAAGAUAGAAUGGAAGAAGUAUAUAGAGUUUUAAUAGGUAAAUCUUUUAUAUGUAAUUUAUAUAGGCAAAGUAACAAUUGAAGCUGAAACUAGUUUAGAAAAGAUGUAAUAUUUAUGGUAAAGUGGGUAGAUUUCAAAUUUUGAAUAUUUAAUAAGAUUAAAUUAAGCUGGUAAUAGAAGCACAAGUGAUUUAACACAAUAUCCUGUCUUUCCUUUGAUUAUAGUAGAUUAUGAAUCCUAAGAAUUAGAUUUAAAUAAUCCAUCUACUUUUCGUGAUUUAAGAAAACCAAUUGGAGCUUUAAAUGAAAAAAGAUUGAAAGAAUUUUGGAAUCGAUAUUAAGAGAUGCCAAAUCCAAAAUUUUUAUAUGGAACGCAUUAUUCUACACCUGGUUAUGUCAUUGGCUAUUUAAUUAGAUAAAAACCAUAAUAUAUGUUAAAAUUGUAAUCUGGCAAAUUUGAUAAGCCAGAUAGAUUAUUUAAAAGUAUAAAGGGAGAUUUCAAAAAUAUUAUGAAUAAUCCUACCUCACUAAAAGAAUUGAUUCCAGAAUUCUUUAUGGAUGAUGAUUCAUUCUUAGUUAAUAAAUUUAAUUUGGAUCUAGGUAUUAGAUAAAAUCAGAAGAAAGUUGGUGAUGUUAAAUUACCUAAAUGGGCAAGUAGUGCUAAAGAUUAUUUGAGAAUAAAUAGAAUGGCAUUGGAAAGUGAAUACGUAAGUAAUUAAUUACAUAAUUGGAUUGAUCUUAUAUUUGGGUACAAAUAAAGAGGACCUAAUGCUGUUGAGGCAGCUAAUAGUAUUUAUUUAUAUAUUAACUUAGUAUUUCAUUAUCUGACAUAUGAAGGGACUGUUUAAAUUAAUAAUUUGAUAGAUCCUAUUGAAAGAUAAGCAAUUGCAUGUUAAAUCAAUGAAUUUGGAUAAUGUCCCAAAUAAUUAUUUAAAAUAGAACAUCCUCCUAAAUAUGCAUUAAGAAGUGGAUAAAUUAUAUAUAAAUCUGUUGAAAAGAUUCAGUAAUAAAAAGAAGAAGAAGUUCCAAUUAAUGUUGAAGGAUUAAUAUGGGAAAAUUUAGAUAAGAAAGAUUAAUUCAAAAACAAAGUGAUUGCUAAAGCUCAUAAAACGUAUUUAGUUAUUUAUAUAAUAAAAGUAAUAUCACUGAUAUGGUGGUGUUAGAAAAGAAAAAUCUAUUGGUAACGAUAGGUUAGGAUGGAUUUCUUAAAGUUAUUGAUUUAAAAGAAUUUACAGUUUUAAAAUCUUUUAAAGUAGAUGAAUUCUGUUUAAGUGUGAUUGUUGUAUUAAAAUAGGAUGAAAUAUUUGCAAUUGGUAGUUGGGGUUCAUAAAUACAUGUGUUUAAUAUAAAUUAUGGAAGUAAGGUAUAAGUGGUUUAAAGAUUUAAUAAUUCUGUUAGUUCUUUAGUUUAUUUGUAAAAAAAGAAAAUAUUGAUAACAGGAUCAUGGGAUUGUUCAUUAAAGAAAUUUGAAUGUUCAGAAAAUUAAAUAAAAUAAGAUACUGAAGAAAUGAUUGAUGAUUGGGAAGCAUAAAUAACACAUAUAGCUGCUACUGAUGAUGAAUCACUUAUUGCAGUUGGAGAUGUUGAUGGAAAAGUUAUUACUAUAAGUACAAAUAAUUGGACAUAAUAAAAUUAAUUUGAAAUUAAUGGAGAAAAAAUAGUUAAAUUACUAUUUUUUAAAACAAGUUUACUUGUAGUAGGAGAUUCAUAAAUUAAAAUGUUUAAUAAUGCUAGUUAAUUAUUAGAUUUUAAAAUUGAUAAAAAUAAUGGUAUUAUAACAGAUGUAUUGAUCGAUCGUGAAAAAUAUCUUAUAGUUUGUAAAUCAUAUCUUCCAAUCAUUUUAUCUAGGUACCAAAAAAGGAUAUGUUGCUGUCUUUUCUAUGUUAUUAGAGAGCAAAUUAGGAUAUCUCUUCACUGAUUUUUAGACUCAGCGAGAUUUAAUACCAAAAUAAGAUGAACAAUUUACCAAGAUGUCCUUGUAAGAUAAAGCAUUAGUCUUAGCCAGUCAUAAUGGUAGUGUUAACAUAUUACAAUAUUGA